AUGGCGCGUCCAGUGGAGACCCACCGAAACCUACCAGUGUCCCUACAUCGUCAGAGGGGCAUAGACGAAAAACCGAGCCCACGCGAGAAGAAAAAAAGUGGCUAAAAAUGGAGGCGUCCGCGGAGGCGGCGGCCGCCGCCGCCGCUGCGCGAACGUUGAGGUGGGCUGGCCGCGCGGGGCACCUGGGCGGCGUCCCGCGCGCCGUCGUGUUCGCCGCGGUGGGCGCGUUCGCCAAGGCGUGCGCCUCGCUGCUCAACACCACCACGGUCCACAACGCCGACGCGCUCCUCCGCCUCGUCUCGGCGCGGGCUCCCGGGACGCCGCUCCUCACCGUCAGCAAUCACAUGUCCACGUUAGAUGACCCGCUUAUGUGGGGAUUCAAGGGUUUUCCAACUUCGGAUGCAAAGCUUGGAAGGUGGGUGCUGACAGCAGAAGAUAUAUGCUUCAAGAAUGUAGUCAUGUCCUACAUGUUUCGACUUGGGAAAUGCAUACCAAUCACGAGAGGGGGUGGGAUUUAUCAAGAACACAUGAAUGAAGCCCUUGACGUGCUUAGAAAUGGAGGCUGGCUGCAUACAUUCCCUGAAGGAAAAAUAGCCCAAGAAGAUCAGCCGAUUAGAAGAUUGAAGUGGGGAACGGCCAGUCUUAUUGUCCGAGCACCUAUAACUCCAAUAGUUUUGCCAAUUGUUCACUCUGGUUUCGAAAAGGUCAUGCCAGAAAACUCGUUCUUUGGACGGCGACCACCGGUGCCACUCUGCAGUAAGAAGAUAGACAUCAUUGUUGGAGAGCCAAUAGAGUUUGACUUGCCAAGCUUGAAGCAAGAAGCAUCAACGGUACCCCAUGACUCAUCCUCUGAACGGAAGGGGUGGCCGGCCAUUACACCAGAUGGGCUGGACGAGGCCGCCCAGAGAUGGCUUUACCAGAAGAUGUCAGACAAGGUCCAGUCUGUGAUGGAGAGACUGCGGAAAACAGUUACCAACCUUAAGCAGCGUUGAUCUUCAUCUAUCAGGCAAUACCUUGUUGAACUGCUGAUUAGGAUUCUUUAACCAGCUUGAGUUGGUGGAUACAGAAAUGGACAAGUGGUCGUCACACAAGUUCGUCAAAGUAUUGGUAAUAAUAGAAUUAGAGCUCAGAUUGUUUCAUUUUUUAGUCUUUUUUUAGUUAUUGUUUUGAAAGGUUUCUUCAUUAUUUACAAUCAACUGUUCAGGUUGCCUGCCAGUUUUACUGAGGCAUGAAUAAAAAAAGGCUUUUGAUAUUCAGUUGCAAAAUCACCAUCCA